CCCAGGCUUUAUCAAGAGCUGGAGGGACCAACCGCCAGCUCUCUCUGGGGACAAGCUGCCAUGGAACUGAGGUGUGGGAUGAGGACCACCAAGUGCCAGCUGCUGGUGACCAGCCUCUGUGUCAUGCUGCUGGGGCUCUCCAUUGCCACGCUGAGCACAGUCACCCACUAUGGGCUCCGUUUCACCCUCAUUAGCAAUGUCUCCCUGGACAGCAACACCUACAAGGUCAUCCACCACACAGCUUUCUACUUCGGGAUCUGCCUGAGCAUGACCCUGAUCCUGGCAGCCCUGCUGAGCUCUGCCGCCACGGUGCGGGAAUCGCAGUGCCUCACUGCCAUGGGAUUUUUCUGUUUUGCUCUGGCCUUUUGUGGAUUGAUCCCAGCUGCCUGCUGGAGAUACACACACAGCACGGAGGUGGAAGACAGUAUGAUGGAUGUGUAUGAUUUUGUGUACGAAGAGGUGAGGAGGAACACCUCCAGCUUCAGGAGGCACGAGCUGACUGCCAUCCAUGAAGCAUUCCUUUGCUGUGGGAAGCACUCUCCUUUUGGGGACACAACUGAUAUUGAGAACAAGACAUGCCCACCCAACCAAGUGCAUGAUGAAGGACAGGACUGCCUGCGAGAGAUCCAGGACUUUCUGAAGAAGCACAUGGACUUUGUCUUCUCGCUCCUGGGCGUCGCCAUUGGCUUCACGGUUUAUGGGAUGUUCCUAACUUCAUUCCUCUGGUUCUCCAUCCACUUCAGCAGCAACCUGUACCGGAAAGGCAAAUACAUCCUGCGAGAGAGGUAGAAACCUGAUGCCUGGGCAUCCCUACCAGGCAGAGCCAGCUCUUGGCACAGGAAGAUGUCUGAAGUCACCCACAAAAUGCCCUGGGAAGGUAUUGCGUGGGGUCAGGUGGUGGGAUAUGUGUCAUACAUUUCCCUGUCCUGCACUACAACUGG